UAAAUACACCUCCAAAUCCCAAUCCAAAAUCCCCAAUCCAUUCUCCUCUCUCUUCUAUUCCACUCUCCCAAACAUGCCGCUAAGAUUAGCGGUAGUUUUGGCGUUUCUGGCCAUCGCCGCCGCGGAGGAUCCCUACCGAUUCUUCAAUUGGAAUGUCACCUACGGCACCAUCUGGCCGCUCGGCCUCCCCCAGCAGGGUAUUUUGAUAAAUGGGCAAUUUCCUGGGCCGAAUAUCAACUCUGUUACCAACGAUAACAUAAUCGUCAAUGUCUUCAACAGCUUGGACGAGCCCUUCCUCAUUCACUGGAAUGGGAUUCAGAAUAGGAGGAACUCUUACGAAGAUGGAGUGUUGGGAACAACAUGUCCGAUCCCUCCGGGAGGGAACUUCACAUACAUUCUACAAAUGAAGGAUCAAAUAGGGAGCUUUUCAUAUUUCCCAUCACUGGGAUUCCACAAGGCUGCUGGUGGAUUCGGCGGGAUUAAAAUCUUAAGCAGACCGGGAAUCCCGGUCCCUUUCGAUAAUCCUGCCGAUGACUUCACCGUCUUGAUUGGAGAUUGGUAUGCAACGAAUCACACUGUCUUGAGGGGAAUCCUCGACGGCGGCAACAAGUUGCCUUUUCCGGACGCGAUCCUCAUCAACGGCCGCGGCCCAAAUGCGACAUCUUUCAACGUCGAACAAGGCAAAACAUACCGCUUCCGGAUAUGCAACGUGGGAUUGCAGAACUCUCUCAACUUCCGGAUUCAAGGCCACAAGAUGAAGGUGGUUGAGGUGGAAGGAACUCACACUCUGCAGAUCAGCUACUCCUCUCUCGACAUCCACGUCGGCCAGUGCAUGUCCGUGCUCGUCACGGCUGAUCAGCCGUCACAGAGCUACUACAUUGCUGUGUCUAGCCGGUUCACCACCCCGGUCCUCCUCACCACUGGCUUCCUCCGUUACUCAUACUCGAACAGCCCGCCCUCGGGCCCCCUUCCCGGGGGACCAACCGUUGAGAUCGACUGGUCCCUCAACCAAGCUCGUUCCAUCAGGACUAAUCUUACAGCGAGCGGGCCAAGACCGAACCCACAGGGCUCUUACCACUACGGUAUGAUCAACACGACACGAACCAUAAGGCUGGCUAGCUCGGCUGGUCAGGUGGACAAUAAGCAGAGGUAUGCUAUCAACAGUGUGUCGUAUAAACCGGCCGACACCCCUUUGAAAGUCGCGGAUUACUUCAAGAUAGAUGGGGUUUUUCGCGUUGGGAGUGUGUCGGAUGCUCCUAGCUAUGGAGGAGUGUACCUCGACACGGGAGUGAUAGGUGCUGACUACAGAAGCUACAUCGAGAUCGUGUUCGAAAACGAUGAAGAUAUCGCGCAGAGCUAUCACCUCAGUGGCUAUUCCUUCUUCGUAGUCGGAAUGGACGGAGGGCAAUGGCGUUCCGAUAGUCGUAACGAAUACAAUCUACGUGAUGCAGUCUCCCGUUGCACGGUCCAGGUGUAUCCCAAGUCAUGGACCACGAUAUAUCUGGCGUUGGACAACGUGGGAAUGUGGAACUUGAGGUCGGAGUUCUGGGCCCGACAGUACCUGGGGCAGCAGCUGUAUCUGAGGGUAUACACGCUGUCCACGUCAUUGAGAGACGAAUACCCCAUCCCAAGGAACGCGCUUCUCUGUGGGAGGGCGAGCGGAAGGCGCACGAGGCCGCUUUGAUUUGCUAUAUAUGGCAUGCCAUGAGUUGGUGUAUGUGUUAGAAAUAGAAGGUUUUUGAAUUGUUGGGUUCUGGAGGUGCUAGCUCAGCACCAUGAGGUUUUAGGAGCAAUGUUGUUAUCUAUAUAUAUCAGGGUUUGAUUACCUUAUUCUUUGUAUUUGAGCAUGGAUGUUGUAUCUCUGUUUCAUAUGUUAUAUAGUACAAUUAUUUUUGUAUUCAA